AUGGAGGUGCCGGAGGAGGCGCCUCCCGUGGCGCCUCCCGACAUGUCCGAGGAUCCCACUGCGGCUAACGGUGGACCCUUCGGAGACAUGGAGGUGCCGGACGAGGCGUCUCCCGUGGCGCCUCCCGACAGGUCCGAGGAUCCCACUGCGGCUAGCGGUGGACCCUUCGGAGACAUGGAGGUGCCGGACGAGGCGUCUCCCAUGGCGCCUCCCGACAUGUCCGAGGAUCCCACUGCGGCUAGCGGUGGACCCUUCGGAGACAUGGAGGUGCCGGACGAGGCGUCUCCCGUGGCGCCUCCCGACAUGUCCGAGGAUCCCACUGCGGCUAACGGUGGACCCUUCGGAGACAUGGAGGUGCCGGACGAGGCGUCUCCCGUGGCGCCUCCCGACAUGUCCGAGGAUCCCACUGCGGCUAACGGUGGACCCUUCGGAGACAUGGAGGUGCCGGACGAGGCGUCUCCCGUGGCGCCUCCCGACAUGUCCGAGGAUCCCACUGCGGCUAACGGUGGACCCUUCGGAGACAUGGAGGUGCCGGACGAGGCGUCUCCCGUGGCGCCUCCCGACAUGUCCGAGGAUCCCACUGCGGCUAACGGUGGACCCUUCGGAGACAUGGAGGUGCCGGACGAGGCGUCUCCCGUGGCGCCUCCCGACAUGUCCGAGGAUCCCACUGCGGCUAACGGUGGACUCUUCGGAGACAUGGAGGUGCCGGACGAGGCGUCUCCCGUGGCGCCUCCCGACAUGUCCGAGGAUCCCACUGCGGCUAACGGUGGACCCUUCGGAGACAUGGAGGUGCCGGACGAGGCGUCUCCCGUGGCGCCUCCCGACAUGCCCGAGGAUCCCACUGCGGCUAGCUGUGGACCCUUCGGAGACAUGGAGGUGCCGGACGAGGCGUCUCCCAUGGCGCCUCCCGACAUGUCCGAAGAUCCCACUGCGGCUAACGGUGGACCCUUCGGAGACAUGGAGGUGUCGGACGAGGCGUCUCCCGUGGCGCCUCCCGACAUGUCCGAGGAUCCCACUGCGGCUAGCGGUGGACCCUUCGGAGACAUGGAGGUGCCGGACGAGGCGUCUCCCAUGGCGCCUCCCGACAUGUCCGAGGAUCCCACUGCGGCUAGCGGUGGACCCUUCGGAGACAUGGAGGUGCCGGACGAGGCGUCUCCCGUGGCGCCUCCCGACAUGUCCCAGGAUCCCACUGCGGCUAACGGUGGACCCUUCGGAGACAUGGAGGUGCCGGACGAGGCGUCUCCCAUGGCGCCUCCCGACAUGUCCGAGGAUCCCACUGCGGCUAGCGGUGGACCCUUCGGAGACAUGAAGGUGCCGGACGAGGCGCCUCCCGUGGCGCCUCUCAACAUGUCCGAGGAUCCCACUGCAGCAAGCAGUGAUUCUCCUCCAGACGUUCCCGGAGUCACUCAGCAUGACAUCGCAAAGCUGAGAAUCUCAUUGGAAUUGAAUAACGGUUGUAGGACUAGGACAGUUCGUACAUCUUAG